AUUUGUUCUUCACUGCAUAAAAUUGUAUCUAUACUAGAUAUGUACAUUUUCAAUACAAAUUUCCUAUAAUAAUAUAAAUAAUUUAGUCAAAUCAAUUUACAAUGCACAGCUUUGGAAAUACUUUUGUACGCGGACCUUCGCCUUCAUACACUGAUGAUGCAACGUCGGAGAACGCUAUGUCAGCUACGCUUCCUAUGGAAUCGAAUCUUCAUAUGCAAUCCAAAGUUGAUAACUGUAUAGAAAAGGAAUUUAAUUGUGGCUAUGAUGGCGGCAGUAACGGCGCUAUUAAAAAAGGCCGCAAAACGUUUGCCUUUUGGACAAUGUUCAUUAUACUACUGGCACUUACUAUAGGCAAUCUCAUACUUAUGCUAACGAUAUUUGGAGUAAUGCAUCUUGGUCGCGGCAUUAAUGGAAUAGAGAUAAUCCCUGAACAUGAUUUGGUGAAGUUUUAUGGUUAUACUGAUUUAGAUCGUGUAUACAGUAAACAAACUGGCCAAAUCGAUGGUUUUAUAGAUCAACCAGUUACCAUUACGGCCGAUGAUGGUGUCUAUGUACGUCUGCACAAGAACGGCCAGGCUUUCAAUCGCUUGACUCUAGACAAAUCCGGCAUCCAAUUUCAAGCAGUUAACAAUUUUGAAGUUAAAGAUUCGACUAGUGGCCACACUAUCUUCACUUCGCAUCGUCCACAUUAUAAUAUACCAACAGGUACUGGAAACUUACUUGCAAGAACUGUAAGCGCCAGCCGCAUAGCGAGCCCCAUCGAUCGUUCACUCAAUCUGGAAGCAGAUUUAGGAGUUUCAUUUAAAGGCUCUGAAGGGAUUUCAUUAGACGCAGCAAAUAUCUUGCUUCAGUCAUUAUCAUAUGACAUGUUGGUCAAUUCAACCGAAGGUUUGACCAUUUUGGAGGCUGGUGCUGGUAUCUAUUUGGAUAUGGAUAAAAUACCUAUUGUCAGUUCAGAAUUCGGUUUACGCACUGGCAGUAUUCAAUACAAAAUUUGCGUUUGCAUGCCGAAGGGCAAGCUUUUUCGAAUACCAGUACCACGAACACGUAGUGGGCCCAAAGUAACCUGUGCACAUUUCAACGUCAAAUAUGAUCCAUGUGCUUAAAUGGACGUCUGAAUACAUUUUUAUAUAUUACGUAUCACUUAGUGAAAUCAUGCGUAUGUUAAUAUGAAAUUAUAUAUGUAUAUGUAGCUACUUAGUAAUGUUGUCGUAAAACUAACAAACGUUGAUUCAUUUAUCGAAAUAAAACUACUCGUAUUACGAGUAAUACGUAUACAAGUGUAUGUAUGUAUGUACACGUAUUUGCAUUGUAUUUAAA